AAUGGAUGAUUUUUUUGAGGACAUCUAAACUCACGAUGUACCAAAUGGAUAAUAAAGUGGGUUUUAAGAACAAUAGGUUUGAAAUUAAUGUAAUCUUAGUAUACCGCUUUUGAUGCUUUUGAAAAUGAGACUCCAACUUAAGGAAAUAUAUUUAAUGCAUACGUGGUACAAUUUAAGUUAAGCAUAGAGUACAGAAUAAAAAUUACGAAAGGAUAAAUUGAGACUAAUAGAUGAUGAAAGAUUAGCUUAAAUUAGAGAGAAAGAUUAAUAAGAAAGAUUAUUGAAAUCAUAAAAAAAAUCAAAGGCUUAGGAAUAUUUGUCGGAGUUUAAAAAGUAAUUAUCGAUGACCUAUCUAAAGACAAUAAGAAGCAGAUAUCGUAUAAAAAAGAAGUCAAAAUAAGCAGAAAUAAGAUAUCUGGCUUGAGAAUAUAAAAAUUCAUACCCAAAAUGUAUUUUGUUUUUCUAAUUAAAGAAAAACUCUUGGGAAUAAAUAGCAUCAAAUAUUGCUCUAAAAGAUGGGGAAUAUCCAGGAUAAAAGGAUGUAACUAAGAUGAGAUAAGCAAUCCUUAAUAAAAGAAGCGAUCUGACUAAGUGAUUGCCAUUAAUUAUAAUAUUAG